AUGGGCCUUGGCUUGCAGUCUGCAUUCCAAAUCAUCCCAAAGGUGUUCAGUGAGGUCCAGCUCUGGGCUUUGUGUGGACUAGUCAAGGUUCUACUCCAGACUGAUUACACCAUGGACCUCUCUAUGCACAGGGGCAUUGUCAUGCUGGAACAGAAAGGGGCUCCUUCCCAAACUUUUGCCACAAGAGGAGCUUCUGUCACACUGUCUUUUACCAUGACAAGAUCAGGUGCCUUCAAACUCAGCAUCCUCUUCUUUCUCACCUUCAUCCUGUGUCUACCAGAGUUUUUUCCAAAAAUAUCACAAAUUGAGUUUCUCUGUGAGCCCUUUGACCAUUGCACACCUGAGAAUGAUGCACAGGUGUGUGCUCCAUCUGACCCUCCAUGUGUGACAGAAAUGAUAAAUGCCAGCAGUCAACACACACGUUCUGAAGGCUGGUAUCUGUGUAAGACUGAAAUGGAUCUGCAGCUUCACCACAAUACCUCACAGUCAGAAGAGCAUGUGAUGGUGCUACUGACAAUGAAGGCAGGCAAUCUCUCUGGAUGGAACAUUAGUGAGUUUGCGUUUCUCAACAACACUGAUCUAUACACAGGACCCCAAAACGACCAGAGACUGUUUUAUUGCUACCUCCCACCAGACAACAGCAAAUGUCCAGAUCUGAAAGAUGAGCUGAAGUGUCAAUCAAGCAGCAGCAGUUUCCUCUUGUACUACCAGGAGAACAAUGAAACAGCAAGAUCUGCCGCAUUACCAGUAAUCCAAACAAGAAAAGAUGACCGGUGGUGUGUGAUUACUUCGGUGUGGUUGGCUCUGGUACUGACUGUGGUUGUGGUAACCCUAUUGAGUGUGGGCAACCUGAUCUUUAAGAGCAGAAAACGAAAGUCCCGUUUGGUUGCAUCUGUGCCAGUUUCAGCCCGUGGACAUCAGCUCAAAGAGCUCAGUAAGCAAAAAGAAAAUUUAAUGAGUGCUGUCCUUGCUGUGUCCAUAGCAACGUGCAGCAUAAGUGAAAACCUUCUGAAGGUAGCUGACCUCACAUACAAGAGAAGUUUGUCACCAAUCUAUGAGAUCACAGAGACCUCACUAGAUGAAGAAGAGCAAACUGAAGAUGAGGAAGAUGAGCAAUGUAAUGCCUCUCUCCAACAUCUGGCAGCACAGGGCCACUGUGAACCACCAACUUACCUGCAUCAUAGAAGCAACUUUUCAUGUUCUGGUCAUGAAGAAGAUGGGGAGCUUUAA